AUGGCAGCUGAAAAUCCAAAAAAAUGGGGGGACAUUUUGAAAGGUACGAAAUCACAUGAGAUGUAUAGUAAGUUUGAUAAAGGGGUCAUUGGGAAUGACAUGGAUACAUAUUGUAAUAAAUUGAAGGAAUCAGAUAACGCAUGCAAUAAUGAUAAAUGUAAAUUAUGCAAAAAAAUUGGAAAUAGUUUAAAAAUAUUAUCCCAAAUACAAGAUGGUAAAACACGUAGAUACGGUUGUCUAAAAUAUAAAUAUUGGGUAAAUUCUCAAAUUUUAAGUUUGUUAGGAGAUGAUCCCAAAAAAGAGUACGACAAAACCGUACUGAAUAAUUUUUCUGAUGCGCAGAAAAUUAUCCUUGAAAAAAAAAUAUAUGAUUAUGUUUGCUGGUAUGAUUUUAAAGGUGCAAAUUUAAAAAACGUUAAGGAAAUGAAUGAGAAGAAAGAUUUGCAUGAUUAUUUUAGUAAUUAUAGCACUGUUAAAAAAUAUAUAUUAUCUGAUAGUGCUAAUGAGGAUGAAUGUAAGAACUACCUAAAGCACAUUAAAGAACUAUAUGACAGGCAUAAAAAUGAGUGCUUUGAUUUUUUUAAUUAUUGGACAUCCGAUUGCCCAGACUAUUAUAAACGUGAAAAGAAGUAUGACCCAAACAAACUACUUUUAAAAUUACAAGGUAAAGGUUCAGAGAGUAUAGAGGUGCCUCCUAAGAAAUCUUCAGAAAAAGAAAAAAUAACAUUUUUUCGUCUUACAUGUGGUAAUGAAAUAUGGGACGAAAAAUUUCGACAUUGUGCCUUAAAGCCAUUAACUAUUGAGUAUACUGAUGAUGAAGAUGAAGAUGAAGAUGAGGAUGUGGCACAGCAAAAUAAUUUGAUGCCAGGAGGUAUCGAACCACAAAGUGAGAAUGAAAGCACAGUUAAGAGGCAAGAAGGUGAUAACUCUCAAAGUGACGAAGAUGUGGGAACUAUCGAUGAAGAUAUACCUAAAACCUCAACAGAAGAGGAUGGUAUAACACCUUACUUGGAACUAAGGGAUGAUGUAAUUAAAUGGAACAUAGAAGAUAAAAGAGUAUUAGACUGUAGGUUUAAUCAACAUGAUGCUAAUACUAAAUUAUGUGAAUACUUAAGAAAAAUAUAUAAAGGAGAUUUUGUGCUAAAACAAAAACCUAAAUUUGAAAUUAAAAUAUAUACCAAAGAAUCAUACGACGGAAAAUCAGUUAAAGGAAGAGAUAGUAAUUUGACAAACACUGGUUUAUCAAGUCCUGAUUUAUCAAGGUCUCAUUCAAGUGCGUCCCAUACAGGAAUGUCUGAUUCAUCAAACUCUGUUUCCUCAGUCCCUGAUUUGGAAACCAAUGAAGAACAUAGCAGUGGAGAAAGCGACGCAGAAUCAUCUAUCACAAAAUCACUUAUUAUAAAACCAGUCAUCGUAGUAGCUCAUGACACAGGAUCAGAUAUUGAAGAUGGAAUUAGCGAAGAAUCAACUAAUACCCAGAAUGAAAUUUUUAAUUUAUCAAAAACUACUCCAUUCCGCGCAAUGGUAUUAACCAUUAUAAUGUUAGGAAUUUUUUUUCUUGGUUUUCUUUAUUUUAAAUUUACACCUUUUGGUACUUGGGUAAGAAGGAAAUUAGGAAUGCAGAAAAAAAUUAACACUCGUCAGAGAAAACAAUUACAGAGACCACAAUCCCGUGGACGAAAAGUAGCUAAUACAAACAUGAAUAGAAAGCGAGUACAAAUUGCUUAUCAGAAUAGGUGA